AUGAAACCUGAUUUGCAGAUGUCUUCAACUGGUUUAUCGGAACGGAAAGCUGAAACUAACCUUGCGAAGUCUACUGUGCAAGCUGAUGAAGAAAUUUUGGAUACAGAGUGUAUUGAUGCAGUGAAGGUUGUCAAGAAACCAUUUAAGAAGUUAUCUGCAGCUGAGACUGCACUUAUUCCAGAUAGCAAACAAUACAGGAGGCUCAUUGGGAAGUUGCAGUAUCUGACUAUUACUAGACCAGACAUCUCUUAUGCUGUAUCAAAACUGGCUCAAUACUCUGCAGCUCCAAGGAAAUUUCAUCUCACAGCAGUACAUAAGAUCUUGAGGUAUUUGAAGGGUACGAUUGGCCAGGGUCUGUUCUAUGGGAAAGAUCAUGAUUUUUCUCUUCGAGGUUUCUCAGAUGCAGACUGGGGCGGUUGUCCUGAUAAUAGACGAUCUCAUACUGGCUAUGCUAUAUUCAUUGGUCAAUCUUUGGUCUCGUGGAAAUCUAAGAAGCAGCAGGUGGUCUCGAUGAGUUCUGCUGAGUCAGAGUACCGUGCGAUGAGUAUGAUCACCAAGGAGUUGUUAUGGUUCACAUAUAUAUUGAAGGCUUUGAGGGUUCUCUUUCCACUUCCGGCUUAUCUAUAUUGUGAUAACACAGCAGCUCUUUACAUCGCCAGCAACUCUGUUUACCACGAACGAACAAAACAUAUUGAGUUCGACUGCCACAAGGUCCGUGAAGCUAUUGAAGAUGGAAUUCUUAAAACAAUGUUUGUUCGGACCAACCAUCAACUAGCUGAUGUUUUGACAAAGGCUCUCCAUCCGAUUCCUUUUCAAGAGAUUAUGCGCAAGAUGGGAGUCAUCAACAUCUACUCCUCGCCAUCUUGA